CAUCAAUGGCUGACCGUGACCGCCCUAUCCAGGCCCAAAUCCACCCACAGCACCGAUUCGACCAGGUUGUUCGUGGCGGCGGCGGCAAGAACUAUCAAUCCGGCGGAGGACCCUCAACAAGCCAAAUUCUAGCAGCCCUCACUCUCCUUCCCCUAGGUGGAACCCUCCUUGCAUUAUCCGGUUUAACCCUAACCGGCACCGUCAUCGGCCUAACCGUGGCGACACCGCUCUUCGUCAUCUUCAGCCCCGUUCUCGUCCCCGCAGCCAUCACGAUUACGUUGGCGGUGAUCGGUUUCUUGUCGUCGGGGGCCUUGGGAGUGAUCGGUCUGUCAUCGCUCUCCUAUGUCUUUAAACGUCUGAGGCCGAGUUCAGGAGGCGAGCAGGUCGACAUGGAUUGGGCCAAGAGGGGCAUGCAAGAUAUGGUGGGGUAUGUAGGGCAGAAGACCAAGGAAGCUGGGCAGAAUAUUGAGAACAACUACAAGACUCAUGAUCAGGGUGUUAGGGCUUAG